CGCGCUGUCGACGGUGUCUGGACCGGGGCGGGUGGCCGGCGAGGCAGUUUGGGCCUUCGCUUCGCGGGGCGAGCGUGCGUGGCGGUGCAGGCGUGCGGCGGGGACCGGCCCAUGCCCCACUCGCGGCCCGGGCCCCGGCGGGGCGCGGGCGAGGGCGCCGAGGCGGCCGGGCGCGACGAGCUGCUGUCGCGCUCGCUGCAGAGCGCCGAGCACUGCCUGGGCGCCCGCGACUUCGGCACGGCCUACGCCCACUACCUGCUGGUGCUCAGCCUGGCGCCCGAGCUCAAGGACGGCGUCAAGGAAACCUUUCAGUACACGCUCUUCAGAUGGGCUGAAGAGCUUGAUGCUCUCAAUCGGACUCAAGACUUGCUGGGUUGCUAUGAGCAGGCCUUUGAACUAUUCCCUGAUGAUGAAGUGAUCUGCAAUAGUAUGGGGGAGCAUCUUUUCAGAAUGGGUUUCAGAGAUGAAGCAGCCGGGUAUUUCCAUAAAGCAGUGAAGCUAAAUCCUGAUUUCAGUGAUGCAAAGGAGAAUUUUUAUCGUGUUGCCAACUGGCUGGUCGAGCGCUGGCACUUCAUCAUGCUGAACGACACCAGGAGGAACACGGUGUAUAAUGCAGCCAUCCGAAAGGCGGUUGGCUCGGGGGCUAGCAGCGUUUUGGACAUUGGAGCAGGAACUGGAAUAUUAAGCAUGUUCGCUAAAAAUGCUGGUGCACGCUCUGUGUAUGCUUGUGAGUUAUCCAAGACCAUGUAUGAACUUGCGUGCGAUGUCAUAGCAGCCAACAAGAUGGAAGCAGAAAUCAAACUCUUGCAUAUGAAAUCGCUGGACAUAGAAAUUCCAAAACACAUUCCUGAAAGAGUGUCCCUAGUUGUAACAGAAACUGUCGAUGCAGGUUUAUUUGGAGAAGGAAUUGUGGAGAGUUUGAUUCAUGCAUGGGAACAUUUACUUUUGCCACCAAAGACCACAGGUAGUCAUGAUGAUUGUGAAAAAUUUGGAAAAGUUAUACCAGCAAGUGCUGUUAUGUUUGGCAUGGCAGUUGAAUGUGCAGAGAUAAGAAGACAUCAUAGAGUAGGGAGUAAGGACCUUGCUGGCAUCUGUUUGCCCCCAAAUGUGAAGUUCCGGAGCCCGUCUUACACGGCUGCAGAUACCGAAGAGACGGUGGAGCCGUAUACGACGGAGAAGAUGAGCCGGGUCCCAGGCGGGUACACGGCGCUGACACAGAGCUUCGAGAUCCUGACAGUAGAUUUCAACAGCCCUCAGGAAUUAAAAAAUCUUGCAACCAAAAAACCCAACAAAAUGGCUAUUCCUGUGGUUAAAGAAGGCGUCUGGGAUGCUGUUGUGGUGUGGUUCGUCCUCCACCUGGAUGCGGAGCACAGUCUGUCCACCAGCCCCAGCGAGGAGACGUGUUGGGAGCAGGCAGUGUACCCUGUGCUGGACCUCGCAGACUACAGGAUAAAACCUGGGGACCACGUGAUGAUGGAGGUGUCAUGUCAGGAUUGUUAUUUACGGAUCCAGAGUUUCUGUGUCUGCAGUUCCGAUUCAGAAAUGGAUGUUGGGAAGAGUUCCGCUGGGGAGAAAGACUUGUCCCCUGUGGGGCCCGAGGCUGAACUCUGCAGCGCGCUGGCCAACCUUCAGACCAGUCGGCCGGACGCUGUGGAGCAGACCUGCAUGCUGGAGUCCACGGAAAUCGCCUUGCUCAAUAACGCCCCCUACCACGAAGGCUUCAGACUGGCCAUGAGCAAAGUGUUUUCUUCCCUCGCCCCCGAGACGCCAUGUCCGGAUAGCUCGGAGCCUCGCCUCGUGGGUGCUGGCGAGAGUCCCGACCCGAGCGUCCCUGAGCCUUUCUACGUGCUGGAUGUGUCCGAAGGCUUCUCUCUCCUGCCUCUGAUCGCGGGCGCUCUGGGCCAGGUUCGACCGUACAGCUCCGUGGAGAAGGACCAGCAUCGCCUCACCCUGGACCUCAUCUCGGAAGCCAACCGCUUUCCUAAGGACGCCCUGGAGUUCUGGCUGAGGCACGUGGAGGACGAGUCCGCUGUGCUGCAGAGGCCGCGCUCGGACAAGCUGUGGAGCAUCAUCAUCCUGGACGUGAUCGAGCCGUCGGGGCUCAUCCAGCAGGAGAUCAUGGAGAAGGCCGCCAUAUCCAGAUGUUUGCUGCAGUCGGGAGGCAAGAUCUUCCCUCAGUAUGUGCUGAUGUUCGGGCUGCUGGUGGAGUCCCAGACGCUGCUGGAGGAGAGCGCUGUGCAGGGCCAGGAGCGGACUCUCGGGCUAAACAUAGCGCCUUUCAUUAACCAGUUUCAGGUGCCUGUGCGUGUGUUCCUGGACCUGUCCUCGCUGCCCUGUGUGCCUCUGAGCAAGCCUGUGGAGCUCCUGCGGCUGGACUUGAUGACGCCGUAUCUGAACACGGCUCACAGAGAAGUCAAGGUGCCCAUUUGCAAAUCCGGACAGCUUACAGCCAUCCCCUUCUGGUAUCACAUGUACCUCGACGACGAGGUCAAGUUGGAUACUUCGAGUGAAGCCUCGCACUGGAAACAAGCCGCAGUGGUGUUGGACCGCCCUGUCCAGGUGCAAGCAGGGGACGAACUCGUGCUCAGUGUCCAGCACCACAAAAGCAGCGUAAGCAUCACAGUGAAGCAGUGAGCUGGAUUCCAGGGCCAGCCCCAGCCUUCUGCUCUGCGUGCAGUGGACUGCCAUGACACAUGGGCGUCGGUGGGAGUCUU